AUGCUCCAAAUCGUUUCCGCAGUCAAGACCUCCACUGUGACUGAGCCGUAUCGCUCGCAUGAUGCAAAAGCAUCGUCGCCCAGUCUAUUUAGACGCAACCGAGUUUCCGAUAUCCAAAAUCCAGAGAAGGUCUCAUCCGGGUGCCGCUCGCGACUCCAGUAACUCCUGAUGCCCAUGCUAAGAUCCCAUAGAAAUACAGUAUUUCCUCAGACCCUCUUACAAUGCCUUGGUUAUUCAGUUGGUCUUCUACCCUAGCAAAACGGACUCAAUCUGGCUCGGUACCGAACCAAUACUUCAUCCAUCGAUUUACGGUAGUGGCUCCGUAUCGAACCACACUUCAUCCGUCGAUUUACGGACAGCGGAAUUUUUGAAUGGAAGAUUGGGCAUGCCGUCUUCGGCUUUCGAGUUGUAA